GCAGACGGAUGACGAACUUCAGAAGUCGGCCCCCCAUGGGGAACAGGGCGCCUGUCGUCGUUAGAACAGACAAUAGAGGAGGCGUCCGGCCUAGCAGUGUCUUCUUGUUUGGUAUCAUCCUUAAAGAGAUUGUCGCAGCUUUACAUAGGAUAUAUUUAAAUCCGAGCGGUAACAUUUACCCCGUGAUGCAGGACAUUAUAGGACCUAGCGCGCAGGACCUGAGUCAGUUGCUCUACGCCCCAGGACCCCCAGAAGACGAUCCCAGGGGUCGUGGCAGGGGUCGCCGCGACCCCCGGGACGACCCGAGGGGUCAGCUCAUACAAAUUCUCCAAUACGUUAUAGAGAAUUUGAUCUACCACAUGACAGAGAUUAUGCCGAAGGCUGGAGUCCUAGGGACCCACAAGAAAGCCGCCGUCUUCGAGAUGAUCAAAAGUGGGAAGAGGUUUCCUGACGGCUACUUCUGGCAGAUAGAACUGGACCGGCUGCAGUUUGACGGCAACGGCAGGACGUCAAACGUCGGCAACCUGGAGGCUUUCAUCCUGUUGGUGGGCAUCUUCUUGUCUCGGAGCUUCAUCACGACGCUGCUGAUGAAGCCCGUAGACUACGGUCUGUCUAACGACCCGCUGACGGAUGUUGGUGAAAGAAACCUGAAAAUUCUGGCCACCUGCUUGCUGUUUAUCGUCAGGAGAGUAUCGGUGAGGAGGGAGUCUCCCAUGCUGCCCAUGCCAGGUGAAGUGGCCAGAUACGUGUAUGCUGAUGAAGAAAUGAGGCCAGUUCACUUACGGUUACGUAGGAGCUAUGAAUAUUGCGAGAAUCUGCUAAGAGAAUGGGGUGCUGAGUACAUCAAAAGGCUGAGGCAGGCCGCCAACGUAACGACAACAACCUAAAUUUAGAAAAAUUAAACUCUCAUUGGAACUUUGAACUCUACGGAACCUGUUGAAUUAAGAAAGGAGAUAAGAAUAUUGUGAAUGUGAACGAAAUAUGAAAACAUUGAACAGAGACUUAAUAUUUCAUAUGGUACGUCAUCAAUGACGUCAAGAGCAGUAUUGACAACAGAAAACCUUCAUGCUUUAAAACGUGUGCCCAGUCUAUAAAUAGUAAAUAGUAAACAUUGAACCAGUUGAGCCACUUUAACGAAAAUUUUGAUUUUUCCCCCGUAUUUGGUAUCGUGACUAAAGCUUAGAUUUCAUCAAAGAGGCCUUUCAAACAUUGCAGAUAUUUUUGCUGUUUAGAUGAUGAAUUAUGCAUUUAUAUAUGUCAAUGUGCAUAAUGUGCUAAGAUCAAUACUUUGAAUUUGGAAAUGGAUUUUCUUUUAUUGAUACUAAUAUUAAAAAAAAAUUAUUUCAAAAUAUGCUUGAAACUGAGCUUAGAAACUAUUGUUGAAAAACGUUGCUUCAAUCAAACGGCAGUUAUAAGGGGAAAUAACUUUUCAAGACUCAAAGCAAAGACUUUGGACAGUUUUGACAUCAUAGUUGAAUUUACGAGAAUAUUUAUAUAAGCGGCUGUGAAUGAUUUUACUUGGUUUUUGUGUUAUGUUGAACAAUUUAUGAUGUGUUACACUCUGUAUAUACUAGACCAAAUCAAAUUAUAAAUCUGUGAUAUUUAUACAUAUUUUAUGUUUUUAAAAGAACUAUAUUUAUGAUUAGUUAAUUAUUCAUCUUUCAUGUUUUAUGUAUCAUAUUAUAAGUAUUAUUCUAUGUAUGAUUUAGCUCCAGUAUUUAUUCGAUUUAAUAAAAAAUUAAAAUGUAUUAAUAUGAAUUUUUAAAAUUAUUUUUAAAUUAAAAAAGAUAUUGUAUUUUAAUAUCGCUUUGAUAUUAAUUGGAAAAUUUUAAUCAAAUAACACGAGUAAGAUAACACAUUCAGUUUAGACUCCGCCCUCUUAUUGGCUACUUCAUGUGUUGUGGUAACGACGUGGUGAAAACUUCGCGGAUUGCAGAGAAAAAUAAAUAUUAAUAGUAAACAAUAUUUUCGUAUUGUAACAAGUAAACAUCAAAACUUAUGUAACCAGCUACUAAUGGCCUUCACUGUCAAGACGUAUUCGAUUCUAUAUUUUGUUAAUAUCGCUAUUAAAAAACAAAACCUAAUUCUAACCCUGAUUUGACCUUUAGUCCGGAUUUUAAUUCUAGUAUUGAUCCUAGUCCAGACCAUACCAUUAUCACAGCCCCCCC